ACACCCUGAGGAGGAACCAGAGAGGAGAACAGAGUCAGUGAACACAUCGUCAGAGUGAAUGUAGCUGCAGCCAUGACACCGGCUGCUGCUGCUGAUGACGAUGGUCGGUUGGUUCAGGAGCAGCUCAGCCUUCCACAGAGAUGUGAUGAUAUUCACAAGCAGGAGCAGACCGAUACCUUAUUAAACCAUUCUGGGCUUCUUUUCUUGGUCAGCGCCAACGUGGAGCCAAACCCCGCGAUCAUCCCUGCAGACGCCACUGUGGUCAGAAAGGCUGUACCUGCACACAGGAAGUCAGAUUCAUCAUGCGGCUCUGGACCACCAGCAGCAGCCGGGCCAGUACAACCAGAUCUGCACUCGCAGCGGCUCGUGCGCGGCCCCCGCAGGGGCAGCAGAACCGACUUGCCCGGGCCACAGGGGCCGCACCCCCCGCAGGAAGUGGCAGGUGUUUCCCGGGCGGAACCGCUUCUGCUGUGGCGGAAGGAUCAUGAUGGCGAGGCAGAGCGGAGUGUUCUACCUGACCCUGGUCCUGAUCCUGCUCACCAGCGGCCUCUUCUUCACUUUCGACUGUCCCUUCUUGGCGUCCAACCUGACCCCAGCGAUCCCGGCAGUCGGUGGCAUCCUCUUUGUCUUCGUGAUGGGGAUGCUGUUCAGGGCGAGUUUCACCGACCCUGGCGUUCUGCCUCGAGCCACGCCGGACGAGGCCGCCGACCUGGAGAGGCAAAUCGAUUCGGCAGGCUGCUCCCGGCCGCCGCCUCGCACCAGAGAGGUUGUGAUCAACGGGCAGACGGUCAAACUGAAGUACUGCUUCACGUGCAGGAUCUUCCGACCUCCUCGAGCUUCUCAUUGCAGCCUGUGUGACAACUGCGUCGAGCGUUUCGACCAUCACUGUCCCUGGGUGGGGAACUGCGUCGGACGAAGGAACUACCGCUUCUUCUACCUGUUUAUCCUCUCACUCUCCUUCCUCACCAUCUUCAUCUUCGCCUUUGUCAUCACGCACGUCAUUCUCAGAUCAAACCGGACGGGGUUCCUGAGCGCGCUCAAAGACAGCCCGGCCAGCGUCCUGGAGGUGGUGGUUUGCUUCUUCUCUGUCUGGUCGAUUGUUGGUCUGUCAGGGUUCCAUACCUACCUGAUUAGCUCCAACCAGACCACCAAUGAGGACAUUAAAGGGUCCUGGUCCAACAAGCGAGGGAAGAAUAACUACAACCCCUACAGCUACGGAAACAUCCUUACCAACUGCUGUGCUGCCCUGUGUGGACCUCUGCCUCCCAGUCUGAUCGAUAGGAGGGGCCUGAUCCAGUCUGACACACUGCAGACCUUCUCCCAGUCCAACGGGAACAGCUACGUCUCCGCCCAGGUCCACAGUCACAAGUGUGAUCAGGAUCAGUGCAUCCAGAGUACCAAGUUUGUCCUCCAGGCUGCAGCCACACCGCUGCUCCACAGUGAUCCUGUGGUUCUGGCCCCUUUGCCAGGGAAGACCACCACACUAGGCGGCCCCUGUGCCUACCUGGCCCCCUCCCAGCCCUCCCUUCCAUCUUGUGGGGGAGACAUUCUGACCCUGAGGGACGCCGCUGCUGCUGACUCCCACUGCCACCACCAUCUCCACCACCAUCACCACCACGUCCAACACUUUGUCAGCCCGGAGGAGACGCCCUGCACCACACCGCAGGGCACCUUGCCAUGCUCAGCCCACCUGCACCUCCACCCACAUCUGCCUGUCGCCACCACCAGCGCCCUGUUCGACCCCGCCAGCCAGGACGCCCUGCAUGAGGACUCUGUCAGGGGACUGGUUAAACUCAGCUCCGUCUGAGGUGAUUUCAGACACGAGAGGGCGACGCGGUGGCGGACCUUCACUCCUGUAUCUGCGUUGUGUUUUUAGGGGUUGGUCCAUCCCAACGCCAAUGAAGCUCCACCCUUGUGCUGCAGUGAAGCUGACGUGUUGGUUAGCUGAGACUCGAUGACUGGCAGGUUUCACAGACAGGUGGUUUUGCCUGCCACUGUGUUCAAGUCAGUGAGUCUGAGUUACUGUUGUGGUUGACUACUACCACAAAGCCUCUCCCUCUACUCUGAGGAACUUGUUUCAGACUUUCCUGUCUUCACUGACCAGUGGACAGCAGUCAGGAGAGAAAAAAAUGAAUAAAUGAAGACGACAGGAGGAAUAGCGUUAUGUUCCAAAUGAAGAAAUUAUAAAUAAUUUUAUGUGACUGUAAAUAAAACCUGCUCAGUGGACUCCAGAGGGUUUUAAAAUAGAAAAUCCAAAGAAGACGUGUGAGUGCGGAGGUGAAAUCAGGUGUUUUUAUUGAGUUUUGUUUUGAAAUAUUCAGGUUGAUUUGAUUUACAGUUUCUUUCUUAUUUUCAUCAGUGGGACCAAAGCCGUGUUUUGUCCUGGUUCUCCUUCCUCCUCCUCCUCCUCCUCAGUCUGGAUACAUCGCGAAGAGGUUUCCUUCUGUAAAUGAGAAACAUCUGAUCCAGGACAGGCCACUCCGGGACCAAACAGUCACGUCGCAAAGUGACGGUUAGUCUGAGAGUUUCCCAUAAAACAUCUUCAGACCUGAGAUCUUCAGUUUGGUUCGAGCAAAGACGUUAGGCACCAGUUUGACAGCGGAGUCACACCACCAGUUAGUCACAAAGGUGAAGUAAAUCCACAUGGAAUUCUCCACAGUUCAGCUUUGGUGAACUUUGUCCCACAGAUUUGACCUUUGAGUCCAAAACAGGAAGCUGCGUCCAGUUUGACUGUCACACAUGAGGAGACAUGAGGACGUCAAACUGGUACAGCUAAUAAAAGUCGAAAGAAAUAAAACUGUAAACAUUUGGAAAUUAUUCAUGCUUUGUGGGAGAUGUGGACACAUAAACUGAUCAAUUACAUUGUGAGGAAUUAUUGUUUUGUACAGCUGAGAAGUACUGAUCGAACUGUGACAUGAAUAGAAAUAAAGUACUUAGUAAAUCA